AGAAAGGGCGUGAUUACACGUCUGCAACAAUCUACUAGCACUAGCACUAGCGCUGUAGAUAUGGAUGUGCUUAGCUGCUUCAUAGUAAUUGCUCUGUUUCUAACAAAAGCAUGGACCUCAGAAGCUUCAUCGUCUAAGAACAUUAUUCUUAUGCUGAUGGACGACAUGGGGUGGGGAGACCUAGGAGCUUAUGGUAAUCCUUCAAAGGAAACUCCCAAUUUGGAUCAACUAGCAUCAAGUGGUGCACUCCUACCAAAUUUCUACUCUGCCAAUCCUCUAUGUUCUCCAUCACGCGCAGCAUUACUGACAGGAAGGUUGCCGAUAAGAAAUGGAUUUUAUACAACAAAUGCACAUGCUAGAAACGCAUACACACCACAGAAUAUUGACGGUGGUAUUUCUCCGAAUGAAAUCCUGUUUCCAGAGUUGUUAAAGCAAGCUGGGUAUUCUACUAAGAUUAUUGGCAAGUGGCACUUAGGUCAGCAGCCACAGUUUCAUCCACUUAGGCGUGGCUUCGAUGAAUGGUUUGGAGCUCCGAACUGCCACUUUGGUCCGUAUAACAACAAAAAUGCUCCUAAUAUCCCCGUCUAUAAAGAUGAAGUUAUGGCUGGAAGAUAUUACGAGGAUUUCGAGAUCAAUCUAGGAGAAUCCAACUUAACCCAGCUGUACAUACAAGAGGCACUGGAGUUUAUUGACAAGAGUGUUGAAGUUUCUAAGCCAUUCUUUUUGUACUGGACUCCAGAUGCCACGCAUGACCCUUUGUAUGCUUCAAGGCCUUUCCUGGGAGCCAGUGAAAGAGGCUUAUAUGGAGACGCUGUCCGUGAGUUAGACUAUGGUAUUGGACAAAUUAUAAACAAGCUAAAAUCAUUGGGAAUUGAUAAUAACACUUUUGUGAUGUUUUCAUCGGAUAAUGGUGCUGCAACUUAUGCCAAAGAAAAUGGUGGUUCCAAUGGACCAUUUCUCUGUGGUAAGGAAACUACUUUUGAAGGUGGGGUGAGAGAGCCUGCUAUUGCUUGGUGGCCAGGUAUCAUUAAGCCUGGGCAGGUUCUUCAUCAACUGGGAUCUCUCAUGGAUUGGUUUUCAACAGCACUGGAUAUUGCUGGUAUCCCACAACCUAACGACCGUAUCAUUGAUGGAAUAAGUUUACUUCCAGUACUCAGAGAUGGAAAAACUAUCCCAAGACCAAUAUUUUACUAUCGUGGAAACGAGCUUAUGGCGGUCAGAUAUGGUCAAUACAAGGCUCACUACUGGACAUGGUCCAACUCUAUUGAAGAAUUCAAAAAGGGUACUGAUUUUUGUCCUGGUGAGGAAGUGGUUGGGGUAACAACUCACAAUCAAACGAACUACACAGGGAUGCCUGUACUAUUUCAUUUGGGCAAGGACCCUGGCGAAAAGUAUCAAAUCAGAAACACAACUCGAGAGUACACGGAUACAAUGGAUAUUAUUGGACCUAUUGUGGCAGAACACCACAAAAAAAUGAUCUUUGGAGAGCCUGUUCUUAACUAUUGUGAUGACUCUGUGAUGAACUGGUCCCCACCUGGCUGUGAACACUUUAAAUGCUAUCAACCCCCUCCUAGUAACAAAAAACUGUGUAACUGGCCCCAUUAAAACUACUACAAGAUAGCAAAACAAUAGUGGAGUUAGUAAGUCCCACACGUUAUUAUUUUUAUACCUGUAACAGUAAAUUUGAUUGAUGAUCUCCCCAUUAUUUUUUGUUUUUGUAUAUAAUGGGAAAAGUAACACAAUUAGUUCUUGUUCCUAGGUUGAAUCUAUAUGAGUAUAGAUCUACUUGAUGGUACUCAAACUGCUUCUGGACGCAAACAAAUUUAAUGUUGUGGAAAUGUAAAGUAGAUGCAAUAAUUACAGCACUACGUUAUUUUUUGGAGACUAUAA